AUCGUUGAGCCGACUCCCUUCACGCAUGUCAGUGGGUACUCGAACAGGUACCAGGAGAUGCUGCGGUACAUGCAGAAAGCGGAGGAUCAGAUCGAGAUCGUAACUCCCGACGACUCCCAGGACCCUCCGGAGAGUUUCCUGGGCUAUCCCAUCACCUACACCCCGGGCUUCCGUUUCUCCUUGUACAACCUCAUCUGCCUCUCCCUCGAUCAGAACCUCGUGGGGAUGAAGAUGAUUGAGAGGUUCAAGCCCGAGGUCCUGCACGUCACAACUCCUGGGUUCAUCUGCCUCAUGUCCUCCAUCUAUGCCAGAUGGUUCCAGAUCCCCCUCGUGCUCUCAUACCACACGCACCUGCCCGUGUACGCGGCCAACUAUCUCGGCUUCGUCCCCUUCAUCGUCGACAUCUCCUGGCUCACUAUCAAGCUCAUCCACAACCAGGCAGACUUGACGCUGGUCACCAGCCCUCAGCUGAAGGAGGAGUUCCUCGAGCACGGGAUCGAGCGAGUGGAGGUCUGGAGGAAGGGGAUAGACACGGAGAGCUUCAACCCUAAGUGGAGGAACGAGGAGACCAGGAGGAUGCUGACCGACGGCAACCCUGACGAAAUGCUCCUCCUUUACGUCGGCCGGCUGGGCAAGGAGAAGAGGAUCCAGGACCUUCGGGCCGUGCUCGACGCCAACCCGGAUGUUCGUCUGGCGAUUGUGGGCACGGGGCCCUACGAGAAGGACCUGAAGCAGCUCUUUGAGGGUACCAAGACCGUCUUCACUGGCGUGCUGCGAGGAGAGAAGUUGUGGAGAGCCUUCGCCUCAGCGGAUGUUUUCUGCAUGCCGAGUGACAGCGAGACCCUCGGGUUCGUCGUGCUGGAGAGCAUGGCGUCGGGGGUGCCUGUGAUCGGAGCCAAGGCUGGAGGAAUCCCCGACCUCAUCACUGAAGGAGAGACGGGCUUCCUGGUGCCCCCUGGGGACUCAGAC